UAUAAACUGGAGCGCUCAUUCCGCUACACGAGCACCGCAGUGAGACCACCAGUCGGGAGCAGUGGUGGACGAACUAACCCUUCCUUUGUCCGAUCUCCCGACUGCGGAUCAUCGAGAGUAAUCGCGCAGAAGCAGCGACAGUGUGACAUGGAAGUGGAAGCUAUUCUUUCCGCUCUGAUCCCUUCCUGGAGCUCCGUCAUUCUCCUCUUCUGCUAUUUCGGGUACUUGGCCGUCGCCGGAUCCGUACUUCCGGGCAAGAUCGUUCCUGGCGCCGUUCUCUCUGAUGGAUCUCGUCUCCACUACCGAUGCAAUGGGCUGUUAUUACUUUUGCUUUUACUGAUACUUUUACCAACUGGUGUUUAUAUGAAGUGGAUGCCCCCUACGGUCAUAGCUGACAAAGGAUUUGAGUUGCUAUCCACAACUUUUAUCCUCAGCCUGAUUGUUUCCUUGAUUCUGUAUGCCGUUGGUCUUAAGUCAAAGAAUCAGAGUUCUUCUUUGAGACCACAUGCCACAGGAGAUUUUGUUCAUGACUGGUGGUUUGGGGUGCAACUUAAUCCUCAUUUUUUCGGAAUUGACCUCAAGUUCUUCUUUGUUCGAGCUGGAAUGAUGGGUUGGUUGUUAAUCAAUCUCUCUCUAUUAGCAAAGAGCUAUGAAGCUGGCACUGCAAAUGUUUCAGUUAUUCUUUAUCAGCUAUUUUGCACGUUAUAUGUUCUCGAUUACUUCUUCUACGAAGAGUCCAUGACCUCCACAUGGGAUAUUAUAGCUGAAAGGUUGGGCUUCAUGCUGGUAUUUGGAGAUUUAGUCUUUAUUCCCUUCACUUUCAGUAUCCAGGGCUGGUGGCUUCUGAAAAACAAAGUUGAGCUGACAAAAGCUGCCAUUGUUGCCAAUUGCUUGGUUUUCCUGAUUGGUUACAUGAUAUUCAGAGGAGCUAACAAGCAAAAGCAUGUAUUUAAGAAGGAUCCUAAAGCUCCCAUAUGGGGUAAACCUCCAAACGUGGUCGGAGGAAAACUACUUGCUUCGGGUUACUGGGGAAUUGCAAGACACUGCAAUUACCUUGGUGAUCUACUGCUUGCGCUUUCAUUCAGCUUGCCGUGUGGUGCAAGCUCUGCUAUUCCCUACUUCUAUCCUACAUACCUCCUUAUUCUACUGAUUUGGAGGGAGAAACGAGAUGAAGCCAGGUGCUCACAAAAGUAUAAAGAGUUAUGGGUGGAAUACUGCAAGCAUGUUCCAUGGAGAAUACUGCCAUAUGUGUAUUAGGGAUGCUAAAAAAAAUAGAGAGCUCGUAGAGGUGAUACAUAUGUCAGCUUGCCAUGGUACUAUGGUGCAAGUGUGAAACUUGGAAUGGAUGGUGCAACCUUUAGUUUUUUUUAUUUGUUAAAAUAGACUGAUGCUACCCAUCGAGUUGUUUGCAAAUGGGACAUAAUCCUCAUGCUAUGAAUAUUUGCUUAUGUUUAUCCAGUCAUGCGUCAUGCUCGCAUGUUUAAAA